AUGCGGUUCUGCGACGAUCACUCUAAAGACCUUGAAGCAGCACAUGCCUCCCUUCCAAAAAGCUCAUCAAACGAUGCCACUUCCAACCCGCCCGCGCUCCAGUCGCCCUUGAAAUCGACCCCCGCACGGAGGGGCAUUCCGCCACCGGCAACAGAGCUAUCCACGCUCCUUCUAUCCCUUCGCAAGCUGCGCGAAGCCGUUCUGGCAACGGCCGCGACAGCUCCGAAGGGGUUUUCGCAGCGCGUCCAUGUGUUCUCUAUUCGGCUAUCUAUCCUCGCCCAUCACCCACCAUCAUACUUUCCUUCUCUGCGAUACAUGCUGGACGAACUGCAUUCACCAUCCCGCCCGCUCCCAGAAGCCAAGGAACUGAUUACAUACAUGAUCCUCGACUAUGCCUGUCGCCAAGAAGACAUGGCAGCAGCCUUUGAAUUGCGCGCCCGGGCGCGCAAAGAGCACGCUUUCCAGUCACACAUGGUUGACAAGGUUCUCACGGCCCUGAUCCACAGCAAUUGGGUAGUCUUCUGGCAAGUCCACAACAGUGUGGACUCUCACGUUCGUGCAGUGAUGAAUUGGGCAGUAGAUCGGAUGCGCAGACACGCACUCAAGGCUGUCGGCAGUUCCUACCUCAACGUGCACAUCAAUUGGAUUGUGCACGGCUGCACUGGCGACGAUCAAGCCUGGACAUGGGAGGCAUUGGCCGAGAAAGAGAAACUGCGCUGGGAGCGGGAAGGUGAUAAAAUCAUCAUCAAACGACCCAGACAAAGGCCCCCGCCGAAACCAGAGCCAGAGCCAAAUGCGGUGGCUGCUUAA